AUGCUGCGAAUACCAUGGACAGCCAGACGCACCAAUCAGUCCAUACUGUCGGAGCUCAACAUCAAGACGCGACUGUCCACAAUCUGCGAGCAACGGUUCCUUAGUUACUUUGGCCACAUAAUGAGAAGAGGAGACGAAAGCUUGGAAAGGUUGAUCGUUGUUGGAAACACUGAAGGCAAAAGAUCACGUGGCCGAUCUCCAGCACGAUGGACUGACCAGCUCAAGGACACAGAACCGUCUCCGAAUUUCUGCGAUAUGGUUAGGACCGCGAUGGACCGGAAUCGAUGGAGAGAUCUCAUUCGUGCUAGAACGACGACCGCCAACCACGAUCAUCAGACA